CGGUCUGCUGCUCUCUUUAGCUUUGUGUGUGUGUGUGUGUGUGCGUGUGUGUGUGCGUGUGUGUGUGUGCGUGUGUAUGUGUGUGUGUGUGUGUGUGUGUGUGUGUGUGUGUGUGUGUUGUGUAUGAGAACUCGGGCGGCAGCAGCUCUCGCUCUCGCUCUCUCUCUUUCUCUCUCUCUCUCUCUGUCUCUCACACACACACACGGUGAUCUGCAGACCGGUGGGUAACACACCACCUCACCUCUUGCUCGCCGGUCUGCUUUCGACUCUGGAACCAACACAACCAAUACUUUGAUUAAGCGGGUCGUUGUUUUACAGCCACAAGUGGCCCAUCAACAUGGUGUGGAUGCUUCAACACACCCUCACACUUUUACUAACUGUGAAGGUCAUAUACUCAACUCUGGAAUCUCUAACUUGCCCCAAACGACUGUGUCCCGCUCAGAUUCCUCUGAGGGCCGAGGAGGAGACCAGAGAGUGCAGAGAACAGGAGUACAAGGACCGGUUUGGAAACUGUAAACCCUGCAAGCAGUGUGAUGCAGGACAGGAGCUUUCAAAGGAAUGUGGCUUUGGUUAUGGAGAGGAUGCCCGGUGUGUGCCCUGCCGGAGCAGCCGCUUCAAAGAGGACCGGAGCCUGCAGAAGUGCAAGCCCUGCUUGGACUGUGGAUUCAUCAAUCGCUUCCAGAAGGGCAACUGCUCCACAACCAGCAAUGCAGUGUGUGGCGACUGUCUGCCGGGACAUUACAGGAAGACAAAAUUAAGUGGUUUCCAGGACAUGGAGUGUAUACCCUGUGGGGACCCUCCACCUCCUUAUGAGCCUCACUGCAGUGGGCGAGUAGACCUGGUGCCGCUUCCCUCAGUGGUGACCAGCCCGCAGGACAUGGCCCUGGCUGCAGUCAUCUGCAGCGCUCUGGCCACCGUGCUGCUUGCCCUGCUGGUCCUGUGUGUCAUCUACUGCAAGAGACAGCUGCUAGAGAAGAAGCCCAGUGCAGCCUCUCUGAGGUCCCAGGACUGUCCGUAUAACGGAGCAGAGCUGUCGUGCUUGGACCCCCGCUGGCUUCACGACUUUCCCCAUAGACACUUCUGCCAGUGUCACCUGGGCCCCGGACACUUCUGCGGUCCAGUCCAACUUAUCCCAUCGCUGUGGUGUGAUGAAAGGUGCAGUCUGGGCCGCAGCCAUGACAACAGUCCCUUCCAGUCCCAGACGAGCCUCAGUGAGGGGAACCGGGAUGAGGAGAGCACACCUGUGCAGCAAGGGGGACACCCAGAGUUUGACACCGUGGAGGCUUGUGGGAUAACAAGGAGCUGGGAGCCUGCAGAGCGUUUGCCUCAGUGCAACUCAGAAUGUACAGAAAGAAUGGAGGAGGAUUGUGAGGGUGACAGGGAAGAAGUGGGGUGCAGGUCAGGGUUCUCUCAGUUCACCUGAGAGGAGCAGGCAGAUCCACAGUGAAGCUGUGAAAGAAGCACUUCAUCCCAAACAGCUCACGUCAACUCAGUUAGGCGAGUCCUUACCUAUCUCACAUGCAGACCCAACAUGACAUACCCCAACUGUAAAUCAUCUUUAAGGAUCUGUUUAACUGUUUAAUGAUCCUGAGCAAAAAUAAAUCAGCUACUCCAAGUAAAUUAAAAAUGAGAUACCAAAGAGCUGCCUUCACACCUUAAAGCCGUGUUCAGACAAGAACUCCGGAUGAUGUCCGCAAAUUUGGGACUGGACUUUGUCAGGAGUUUGCCUUUAACAUAUAAACAACCCAGCAGGAGAUUCUCCGCUCAGACGCGUCCACAACAUCAAAAUAAACCCUUCGGCAGAUUCAGGAGCGGGGUGGUGCAGCAGCCGGCGGAAGGAUAUAAAGUAUUAAGUCUGCUGAAGAGCUGUUUUUGUUGACAGCACAUGAACAACGGCUUCAGCUCUUAUCACCUUAAACCCUCUUGACAUCUUUGUCGGUGUGUUUCCCCGCUUUUUUAUCAUCAACUUGCCAACUCUCGGUCACGGUGAAUCCUCCGGAGGAUCUCUUGCUUACAUUGACCCAUUAGGACAUUCGGUUAGGAGAAACUCUAGAGACAGUGCAGAGCCUCUCAAGGUUUGCGUUCUCAAUUACAGCUUCUCUGGAGAAUGAUUGGAGAUUAGUCGGAGUUCAGUGCAUGUCUGAAAACUGCUUUAGAGACUGUGAAAGAAGUUUCAACCCCUCUCAAACCCCUGCAUAUAAUUUACCUGUAAAAGACAGACAAGAAUAAUGUAGGACAUCCAUUUCAUGGACUGGGACAUUGCUCUGUGUUUGUGUCCAUGCUGAGCAGCUGGUAGAAAAAACGAGAGAGGGCAGCACUAGUUGUUUGAUGUGGACGAGACUGUGUUUAAAGUCGGCCGCUGGCUGACUCUGGGUAGAUACGUUACUAUUCACAGUGUGUCUGCCUUCUUCUUCCUGCUCUCUCUCCAGGAUGACAUGGACUUGUUUGGCUCGUGUUCCACCCUUGAACCAGCCUGGACUCAACAACAGCCGAAGCCAGAUCCCGUUUCAGAUUACUCACACCUGCCAUUCCCCCUACCACUCCCCCACACACACACUUUUAACUGCCUGCCGCUGACCUCAGAGCCACUGCUCAAAGAAAGAAUCUGAAUGAGUAUGUUCAUACAUGUAAACAAUAGCACUAUGGAGUAUACUCAAAGCAUGAGGGCAAAUGCAUGCACGCACACACACACACGCACAGACACGCACACAAGCACAGACAUACAAAGAAUGUGAACUCUCUGGCCCAGAAGGUGAAAUUGAAGUUCAAUCGCCGACGAGUGUUGAGUCAUGAACACGGAGCAAAGAUCCUGUACUCUGCCUUGAAAAGGUCUUGCAUCUUCAAAUGUAGGAAGGAAACUGUACCGCUGAGUUAGCAGCAGGUGUUAUGAAGCUUUUUGCACAUAAAAGGUAAAAAUUUGAGGUGUGAAUAGAAGUUUAAAAAGUGAUUAUGUCGCACAUUGAAGACAAUCUUGAUACUGGACGAGUAAAGAGCAGGAAAGUUUGAGUGAUAAAUAUGUUGUAGAUACUGUACAAUAGUAAAUAGGUCAAUAUUUUUGUAACAUAGACUUGACAGACAGUAUGUUUGCUUCUCUUCCAGGUAUAAUGUUGAUGGAUGUGAACACUCACUUCCACGUGUCAUUUUUGUAAAUAAACCAUUUGACCAGUUUA